CAGGGAUAAAUAAGACUUGAAAGAAGGAGAAGAAGAAGAAGAAGAAAGAAGAAGAAGAAGAAGACACAAUGGCAGAAGAAAACAUCACAAACCUGUUGCCUCGUCGACCAGUUAUAAUCAAGAGAAAAAAGAGGCACGUGUCAAAGCAUCAUGAGAGAGCGAAGGAAGACCUCGGGAUGAAACAAGGUCAUCACGCCACUAUGGGAGAGGCUGCCACGCUCACACCUGCACCCACUGCUUACCUGAAGAAGGGCCACGGGCAUGUACUACAGCAGGCACUAAGAGAUACCAAGAUUAUCACAGCGGCAGCCGUUCAGCAGCGCCAGUGCGAGCGAAGACCUGCCCUGCCGACCCCCACCCACUAUCCCCCAGCUGACCGUGGCAAGUGAGUCAUGUAUGUAUGUAUGUAUGUAUAUAUGUAGGCAUGUAUGUAUGUGUACUAACAGAUAUAUCAUCAUACACAGGAAGGUGUUAACUGGCUGACGUGUAAUGUAAACAAAGUAAGUAUGUCAGCACCCAGGCUGACUAGAGCACGAUAUGUUGACGAGUGUGUGGGGAGCUGUCAGGACCUGCUGACAUCCGGGCUCUAUCCUAACUUUGUCUUU